AUGAGCGACGUUUAUGUCGUGGUAAAUACCGCCACCACCUGUGACGAAACAAACUCAUAUGUCACUCCCGACUCCACAGAGCUCAUCCUGAUCUCCUGGUGUAUCGUGGACGCGUCAACACUACAAGAACUUACUCGAAACCAAACUUUCGUUCGGCCCACAAACACUCCCAUCACUCCAUGGUGCACCCAGAUCCACGGAAUUUCCUGGGAACAUGUUCGGAACGCAGGCACGUUUCGGGACGCUAUCGACAAGUUGGAGGCGGCGGUGAAGGAAUAUGUGGGAGAAAAGGAAUUUUCGUUCGUUUCCUACGAUGCGUUUCCACUUCGGGUCCAUAUUCCCAGAGAAGCUCGGGACAAGUCGGUGGAGCUUCCGGGGUAUUUGAAACAGCCGCGGGUGUUUGAGUUGCGGAGCGAGUAUGCGCGGUGGAAGGGGAGAGAAGGAACUAGUUUGAGGGAUAUGGUGGAGGCAGUGAAGAGAGAGGAAGGGAAAGAAGGAAAAGAAGAAAAGGAGGAGAAGGAAGAGAAAAAAGAAAAAGAAGAAAAGAAGGUUCAGCCGGAAAAGGUCAAUGAAAGAGACUCCCUCUCCUCGUUCACUACAAUUCUCAUCGAGCUCGCCAAGGUGCCCACUCUCUUUACGACUCCGUACGACGUUGCGGAGGAUUUCCGUGUGUUCAAGAAAGAACAGUCUAAAAUCCUCAAUCUCAAAAACCUUCCGGUGGACACCACCCAGUCGGAAUUGGAGUCUUGGUUCACCCAAUUUGGUGGCCGUCCCAUAGCAUUUUGGACCAUUAAAGGCGACAACCAGAACAUGGGGUUUGCCGUGUUUGCAACCCACGAAGAAGCAGCCGAGGCAUUGCCGAUCAAUGGCCGUGUUCUUGGCGACCGCGCCAUUGAGGUCCAACCAUCUUCCACCACGGUGCUCGACCGGGCGGCGCAAUUGCUCACACCGUUUCCAGUGUCCAAAAAUAGACCCCGUCCAGGAGACUGGACAUGUCCUUCGUGUGGGUUUUCGAAUUUUCAGCGUAGAACAGCAUGUUUUAGGUGCUCAUUCCCUGCUACCAGUGCGGUUACCAUGGUGGAAAAUUACCGAAACAACACUCAAGCAAGUCCUGGAACCAAACCUUCUUUAAAUCCAACCAACCCAUACAAGUACAAUGUUCCAUUUCGUGCCGGUGACUGGAAAUGUACCAACGAUGCCUGUCAAUACCACAACUUUGCCAAGAACAUCACCUGUCUCAAAUGUGGUGGUAACAAGCCUUCAAACUUGACCAAUAAUCAUAUGAUGAACCAGUACUCGUCGGUGAAUUCCACCGCAGCAGCCAUAGCCGCAGCCACGGCCAGUGGACAGCCACUCAAUUUCAGUAACAAUAUGGUGGGACAGAUGCCAAUUGUUUCCAUGCAGCAGCAAUUGCAGCAGUUGCAAAAUCAGCAGAAUCAGAAUCAGCAAAAUAAUCAAAAUCAGCAUCGACUUUCGCAUUAUCCGCAUCGCUUCCAGAAAUCCUCGUCGUACGACUAUUACCGUUCCCCGGUUGACGGACAGUUUAGUACACUUGCGGAACAGGUCAACGGCAUGAGUCUACAAUGA